CAGUUUACAUGUCAUUCUCUCUUUAAUUGCAAAAAAUUGCAAGGACAUCAAAACAUACAAAACUUGCUACUGAUUGGUGCUUUUCGAUCCUUUCUGCAUAAUAAACGAGCUAUAGAUAUCAGAGUUAAUUAAAAAACACUAUUCAUUUUGAUUGAAGCAAUCAAAGCAGUUCGUAUCAACAUGUCUGGUCGCGGUAAAGGUAAAGCUAAGGGCACCAAGUCCAAGAGCCGCUCAUCCCGAGCAGGGCUUCAAUUCCCAGUUGGUCGAAUCCACCGUCUUCUCCGCAAAGGUAAUUACGCUGAGCGUGUUGGCGCCGGUGCUCCAGUGUACUUGGCUGCUGUGCUCGAAUAUUUGAGCGCUGAGAUCCUCGAGUUGGCGGGCAAUGCUGCUCGUGACAACAAAAAGACAAGAAUCAUUCCCCGUCACCUUCAGCUUGCUGUCCGUAAUGACGAGGAGUUGAACAAACUGCUGGCCGGUGUCACCAUCGCACAGGGAGGUGUUCUUCCCAACAUCCAGGCUGUACUUCUGCCCAAGAAGACUGAGAAGAAAGCAAAGGCUUGAAUCAACUUUUACACGUUCAAAACGGCUCCUUUAGGAGCCACCAAAUAUUGCAAAGGUCUUAACUAACUAGAUAGGAAGAGGAACUACCAACCAAUGAUUAACUAGAAUAUCACUUCGCAAGCCUUCCUUCCAUUUUCCAAUUUGAAUUCAUAAAAAGAAAAAUCUGCAAGAUCUCUGGAAAUGAAUGCUGGUAAACGACCAAAUGCACCAAAAACCAGCCCCAUAGGAAAAUUUAGUAGACGCAAAUGCGUGUAUUAACUUUCGCGCCAAAAUAGUUAACCGUUGAAUUUUUUUUAUAUGUCGGCGACACUGGCAUAAGCAGUGCGCCUAAAUACAGCUUGCAAGUAAGCUGGUAUGAUUUUGAUUUACGCAUUUACUCUUCUGCUUCUCAUGCGAGCAACGAAACAAACCUCGGAAAGGGAAGAGAUCGGACGCGCUUUUGCCAGGGUUAUUAUCUAACGGGUUCGAAGAAUGCAACUGGAAAAAGGUUACAUAAAUUUUCCCCUUUUAAAAACAAG